ACCCCCACGGAACGUGCCGUUUGGUUUUCCUCGUUCUCUCUUGUCUUAAGCGUUAAUAUACGCACUAGGCGCACUUUAGCGCCCAGUCGCUUCGCUCGUUCCCGGUCACCGGAGCUCCGAUCUCCGAUCACCAUUGGUCCAGGCGAGUGAUCAGUGGGCAGAAGUCAAGAUGUCUGCUGUACAAGAUGGAAUCCCAGGUCGAACCAAGGCAGAGUGGACACCAUCUCGUGAUGCCUAUUUGGUUGAGGUUUUCAUUGAGCAACACAAUUGUGGAAGGACUGCUUACAAUGACUUCAAGAAUGAAGUAAUUAAAUCUGUUACACAUGAUUUCAAUAAGAAGUUUGGCUUGAAUUUAGAAGAGAAGCAGAUAAAAAACCGUUACAAUGUGAUGAAGAAAGAUUAUGGUGUUGUUAAAACCUUGCUUGGUCAUAUUGGAUUUGGCUGGGAUGAAACUCGACAAAUGGUUGUAGCUGAUGAUAAAGUUUGGGAAAGCUAUAUUGCGGUACGAAGUGAAGCACGGCCAUUUCGACGAAGGAGCUUUCCUCUUUAUAAACAAAUGUCAGUCAUUUUUGAAGGAGAAAGAGCAAACGGCAAAUACCAAUUUCCAAGUGGAGUACCUGCAAAAACUGAGGAGGAGAAUAGCAACACAGAAACUGUGCGAUCUUCAGAGCCCACUAACCUACCUACGCAAGUAGUUGAUGGUGCCCUGGAUUCAGAUUCAAUAAUCCGUACAAAUGACGUACAACACAAGAAGCGCAAAUCCUUUGCUCGGACAUCAUCGGGUCGUAAGAAAAGAGCAUGCUUUGCCUAUAAAGUUGGGGAGACCAUUGAAAAUGCUCUAUAUGGGUUUUUCUCGGCAGCAAAGUUGAAUGCUAUGCAAAGGAAUGCAUCAAAUGAAUUAACUUUGUAUCAGAAAUGCCUGGAAGACUUGCAGCAGUUGGAAGAGUUGGAUGACACUGAGUUUACAAAGGCUGUUAAUGUUCUUAGGGAUGAUAAAAAUGCAGUUGCAUUCAUGACAAUAAAAGGACACCGGCGAUUAACCUGGUUGAGGUCUCUAUGGCAGGUAUAGUUUGCCUUAUAAAUGUAAUUUCAGUUUCUUAUAUAUUCCUCCAUACAAGUCUUAGAAAGUUAGGGCACAAACUUCACAAGACAGUUGUUUUCUUCUGUUGUAGAAGUUCUGUUUAUGAACUUUAUAAAGGUUUUUCUCCUUGGCA